AUGUUAUAUAAUCAUAUGUUAUAUCGUCAAAAUAUUAAGCACCCAAUAUUAAGAGAAGAUGUCCAACGAAGAGGGGUUUUGUAUGAGGAGAGACUGGACCUUUUACUAAAUUAUAACGCCGAAGGACAACCUCCACAGCAACAAAAACAGAGCUCCACUAACAGCCAUUGUUCCCAUUCGAACCUCAUAAACAUACCAUUGCUGGCUCCAGCAACCAUUUACAGUCCUACAAAUUCUGAUACCACAAAACCCGAUUUAAAUGUCCGCUUAUUAAGGAAUAUUGCACACCUUACCGAGGUCAAGGAAUUGGUCAAUCUUCACAAAAUUGAUAUUUUUACAAUUUCCGAAACAUGGCUUAACUCCACAGUGACUAAUAGUGAAAUUGCCAUUGAAGACUAUAAAAUAUAUAGACUUGACCGGUUACAUAAAAGAGGGGGAGGCGUAUGCGCCUAUAUUAAGAAAAAUCUUAAAGCAUCUGUCCUGAAGGAACUAUCGCAAAUAUCAGAAUCAAGCUUUCAUCAACUUUGGAUAAAUAUCCAAAGUAAAAAGAAUAGAUCCAUUAUUAUUUGCGUAACAUAUCGACCACCAGACUGUGCUCUAAACUGUUUUGAUGACCAUUUUAAGCCGAAUUAUAUCCAAGUCUUAACUACCCGUAUGAAUCAACCGAUUUUCGUACUUGGAGAUUUAAACUGCAACGUGCUCCAUGAUGGACCGGACAGAAAAGCAAUCGUAGAAGUCUCCACAGAGCGAAACCUCCAACAAAUCAUUAAAAAACCGACAAGAAUUACUGAUACAACACAAUCACUUAUCGAUGUAAUUCUCGUUUCGAACACAGCGUCUGUAGGCGAAAGUGGUGUGUUAAAUUCUGCAAUUUGCAACCACCUUCGAUCCAGUAGAUAUGUCAUACUUAAAGUGAAAGCUCCAAAGAUACCACCAAAUUAUAUUACAGCAAGAAGCUACAAGUAUUACGACCCCUUACACUUUUCCUCCAACCUCGCGGUUAAAUCAGAUGAUCUUUUGUCAAUUUUCUCAGACACAGACGUUAACACACAAUUGGAAACGUUCAAAAAUACUCUUCAUUCAACUCUUGAUGUACAUGCACCAGUAAAAAUAUUCAAAGUUUGA